AUGGGAGGACAGGGAAGUGUCUACAAGGCAAAGAUCCCAUCAGGCAGCAUUGUUGCAGUGAAGAAAUUCCAUCAAACACUUGAUGGUGAGGAGGCAUCUCGGAAGGAGUUCCUUAAUGAAAUAGGGGCUUUAACUCAGAUACGACACCGAAACAUUGUAAGGUUGCUUGGCUUUUGUUCAAGUUCCCAUCACUCGUUUUUGGUCUAUGAGUAUUUGGAAACAGGUAGCUUGGCUGCAAUCUUGAGCAACGAGAAUGAAGCUAAAAAAUUGGACUGGAGCACAAGGGUGAGAAUUGUAAAAGGUGUUGCUCAUGCGUUGUGUUAUAUGCAUCAUGAUUGCUCACCACCAAUUGUGCAUCGAGACAUAACAAGCAGCAACAUUUUGCUGCAUUAUGACUACGAGCCUUGUGUUUCGGACUUCGGAACUGCUAAGCUUUUGAAUCCAGACUCGUCGAAUUGGACUGCUCUUGCUGGCACAUAUGGAUAUGUAGCACCAGAGCUGGCUUACACGAUGAAGGUAACUGAGAAAUGUGAUGUAUAUAGCUUUGGAGUGCUGGCACUGGAAGUGAUUAUGGGAAAGAAGCUAGGCGAUUUCGUCUCCUCCUUUCCGUUUCCAUCCACCACCUAUGCAAACAUAUUGCUCAAGGAUGCGUUGGACCAACGCCUUCCUCCUCCUACACCUCAACUUCAAGAUGAACUCAUAACCAUUGCAAGGCUAUCAAUUGCAUGCAGACAUUCCCAUCCACAAUCGAGGCCAACAAUGCUCAUGGUUUCUCAGAUGUUAUCGUUCCAAACUGCUUCUUCCUAUAGAGGACUAGACGACAUUACACUUGAACAACUCAUUACAAUCUGA